AUGAUGCAGCUAGAAAGGAGCACCAUUUCUGGUCUCAGCUCUAAAAACAGGCAAAGUUCUUUUGUAUAUGAUGUUAAGCGAGAUGUGUACAAUGAGGAGACCUUUCAACAGGAGCACAAGAGGAAGGCCUCUUCCUCUGGGACCAUGGACAUCGACAUUACCACCUUCAGACACCACGUCAAGUGCCGCUGCUCAUGGCGCAAGUUCCUAAGAUGCAUGUUUACAGUCUUUCCCUUCUUAGAAUGGGUGUGUAUAUAUCGAUUCAAGGAUUGGCUUCUUGGAGACUUACUUGCUGGUCUAAGUGUUGGCCUUGUACAAGUUUCCCAAGGCCUGACGCUUAGUUUGCUGACAAGGCAACUGAUUCCUCCUCUCAAUGUCACUUAUGCAGCUUUCUGUUCUUCAGUAAUUUAUGCAAUCUUUGGAUCAUGUCAUCAAAUGUCCAUUGGUUCCUUCUUCCUUUUGAGCGCUCUGAUGAUUAAUGUUCUGAAAGUGAGCCCAUUCAACAACGGUCACCUGAUCCUGGGAACUUUCAUCAAAGAAGACUUUUCUGUCCCCUACUACUUUACAGGCUAUAAUAAAUCCUUAAACGUGGUAGCAACCACAACUUUUCUGACUGGGAUUAUUCAGCUGUUAAUGGGCAUGAUGGGUUUGGGCUUAGUUACCACAUACCUUCCGGAGGCUGCAAUCAGUGCCUAUCUGGCUGCUACCGCACUGCACGUCAUAUUGUCCCAGCUGACUUUCGUCUUCGGGGUUAUGAUUAGUUUCCACUCUGGUCCCAUCGCCUUCUUCUACAACAUAAUGAAUUAUUGUCUAGCCCUUCCAAAAGCUAACUCCACUAGUAUUCUGCUAUUUCUAACUGCUGUUGUUGCUCUGAGAAUCAACAAAUGUAUCAGGAUUUCUUUCAAUCGCUAUCCCAUCGAGUUUCCCAUGGAAUUAUUUCUGAUUCUUGGCUUCACUGCACUUGCAAACAGGAUAAGCAUGGCCACAGAAACAAGCCACACACUUAUUGACAUGAUUCCUUAUAGCUUCCUGUUUCCUGUAAAGCCAGAUUUCUCCAUUCUUCCCAGAAUAAUUUUCCAAGCCUUGUCCUUAUCUUUCGUGAGCUCCUUUCUGCUCAUUUUUCUGGGCAAGAAGAUUUCCAGUCUUCAUAACUACAGAGUCAGUUCCAACCAGGAUUUACUGACCAUUGGACUUUGCAAUGUUGCCAGUUCAUUUUUCAGAUCUUUUGUGUUUACUGGUGCUAUUGCCAGGACUAUUAUCCAGGAUAAAAGUGGAGGAAGACAACAGUUUGCAUCUCUGGUAGGCUCAGGUCUGAUGCUGCUCCUGAUGGUGAAGACGGGACACUUCUUCUACCACCUGCCAAAUGCUGUGCUGGCUGGUAUUAUUCUCAGCAACGUCCUUCCCUACCUUGAAACCAUUUAUACCUUACCCUCUCUAUGGAGGAAGGACCAAUAUGACUGUGCUGUUUGGAUAGUGACAUUCUUAUCUGCAAUUUUCCUGGGACUGGACGUUGGACUACUUAUUUCAUUAACUUUUGCUUUCUUCAUCGUCGCUGUUCGUUCACACAGAACUAAGAUUCUUCUCCUGGGUCAGAUCCCUAACACCAACAUUUACAGAAGCGUGGAAGACUAUCGGGAGAUUAUCACCAUUCCUGGGGUGAAGAUCUUCCAAUGCUGCAACUCUGUUACAUUUGUAAAUGUUUACCACCUAAAACACAAGCUGUUAAAAGAGGUUGGUAUGGUCAAGAUACCUAUUAAAGAAGAGGAAAUAUACGCCCUGUUUAAUGAAAGUGAUACCACCCUACAGGAACACAAGAUCUGUAGGUGUUCCUGCGAAUGUGAUGAACAGGAGGCACCAGCCAGGAUUGUUUACACAGAACAAUAUGUACAGAGACCGGAUAACGAUUCAUCCUCCUUUAAGCUGAUUCACUGCUCACGUUUCAGUAGUGGGAAUACAAGCCAAAGUGAAUCCAGUGUUCAAGUCCCACAGAUGUUAUCUUCCGUAUCUCAAAGAAGUCAAGGGAAAAGCUUUGAUAAUGAGGAUCAAGUUUGGUUUCAAAAGGAAAGCAACAGAAAAAGCUUCCUACAACUGCCCAACUCUGAUGAAAAUCAGGAGAGGAGUAGAUCACUUAUCCAGUACUCAGAUGAGUCACAGCACCCCAGCACCCACACCAUCAUCCUGGAUUUCACCAUGGUGCAUUACGUGGAUCCGUGGGCUCUGGUCAUAUUAAGACAGAUGUGCAACGCUUUCUACAAUGCCAACAUUUUGGUGCUCAUUGCAGGGUGUCAUUCUUCUGUGGUCAGGGAACUUGAGAGGAAUGAUUUCUUUGAUGCUGGUAUCACCAAGGCCCAGCUCUUCCUCAGCAUCCAUGACGCCGUGCUGUUUGCCUUGUCAAGGAAGUUUCUGGAGCCCUCCGACUUAAGCCUGGAUGAAUCUGAGACAGUGAUACAGGAAACGUACUCAGAAUCAGACAAGAUUGACAAUUUAAUACCUAACAUGAACAGUAGUCUUCUAGAAAGCCCCAGAAAUGUAAAUCCAGGCUUCACUAAGACCCAGGCACCAGUAGAAGAGGAAGAGGAGUCAGACCUAGAUUUGCAGGUGGAACAAGAAGAGUCUGGGCUGGAUCUGGACCUUAACCUGGAUCAGGAGCUGGAAGCUGAGUCAGAACUGGAGUUUGAGUCAGAGCUGGAGCCUGAAACCGAAGCUGAGCAGAAUCCUGAGCCUGAGACUGAGCCCCAGACUGAGACUGAGACUGACCUGGAGCUGGAGCCAAGGGCCAGAUCCAAAUCAAGGGCUCACAGUUUGUCUCAGUGGCAAUACUGGCCUAUGUUUCAAAAUACGGCUCCCACCUCUCAGUCUCAGGUUCCGCCUCGGACAAGGUCAGCAGGGAGGAGACAUCGUUUUAUGGAUUCAUACUCAUCUGAGGGCAACAUUUAG